AUGCCGCCUCGGAAGAUUCCUGACGACGACCUGGCAGUAGCCGCGAAGGCCGGCAAACUGACGCCGCCGCCCAACGCCAAACGCGCAGCCCCGCCCGACACUCCCCUAGGCGUACGCACCGCAGCUGAGCCCGCAAAGCGCGGCCGUGGCCGACCCUCCGGGACCAAAAUCCGCUCAAAGGCCGCCGCUCCCGCACCAGCGCGUCCCCGGGGACGGCCCAAGAAGACCACAGAGGAGCCAUUAGACGCAUCAGAAAUGCCUGUAAAGCGCGGGUCAGGACGGCCAAAGAAGAGCGCUGACAACGAGCCUGCACAGCAUAAAUCGAGUCGCGCAAAGAAGAACCCAGAGGCAGCUCAGCCAGAAACGCCGGUGCGUCGCGGACCAGGCCGACCGAGGAAGAAUCAGACGCCAGACGGUUCUGCUAUUACGCCGGUGCACAGCCCAGCAGCCAGUGCUGCGUCGCCCCAAUCCUCAGUUAGCCGUGGGCCUGGUCGGCCUCGUAAGCACAGCGAACCUCCGCUUGAUGAUCCGCUGGCGACGCCCGUGCGUCGUGGGCCUGGCCGGCCUCGAAAGCACGCCGAUACACCAACUGAUCCAUUGACGACGCCUGUGCGGAAAGCGGGCCGGGCCAAAAAGCCCCGCAGCCCGACGCCCAGCCCGGCGAGGCGGAAGCGCACGGUCGCAGAGUCGCUGUCGGACGUCGAUUCGCGGCCCGCCCAGCAUUCCCAGGCCAAGCGCGCGCGCACCGAGCCGCCCGCCAAUGACCUAAUAGUCGAUAUUGUUUCGCCAGCGCGGUUCGCCAAGGCCCGCGCUGCCGUGCCCACCCUUGAGCGCAUGCGCUCCGCCGACUCCGACGAGACCAUGCGGUGGCGCCGGAAAUUCGAAGAUCUCAGUGCAUUGCGUGUCACACAGGCCGAGAAAACCCUGGCCGAGCUGCAAAAGUCUGCCCAUAAACAGACCGCCAGCGCUGAGGCCGUAAUCAGCACCCUGCGCAAGGACAACGAGGAGCUCAGGCGCCAGAUAAAGAAGGACGGCGAGAAGCAGCAAGACUCUGCCGAAUUGGAGGCGCGCAAGGCGCUGGAGAAGGACGUCAAGGUGCUGCAGCAGCAGGUCGAAACCCUGUCGCUGGACCUGGUCACCAAGGAUGCGCAGAUCGAGCAGCUCGAACACCACCAGCGCCUGGCCGAGACCAGCGUCGACUUCAAUCUGCGCGACAGCCUGCGCAUUCUGCAGAUGAUCUCCGGCCUGACCAUCGAGGAGGUGGUGCCCGAGGACCAGGGCAUGUCCUACAAAUGCUUGCAGGCCGGCCCCACCCUAACCAUUGGCUACGUAUUGACGGUUUUCGACGAUCUGCCCGACGAAUUCCAGUACACGCCGUACGAAGAGACCGCCGAGCUGGACGUGCUGCCAGACUUUUUGCGCGAAACCAUGUCGUUUUCCCAGGACUCCGCCAGCCUGUUCUUCUGGCGCGUCUGCGACCACCUCAACCAGAUUGCACUGCAGGAGCCUGCGACCAACGGCAACUUAUAA